AUGUUCCAAGUGGAAGGAAACUACCACAACGCUGCAUUUGAUGCUAUUGUCACAGGCACCGUCUUUAUCGCAUUAGCUCAUGUCUACGUCUUUACAAGGUGUUCCAAUGUGGAUGACAAACCAUGGCCACUACGGAGGCUGCUCAUCGCCUGUCGCGAAGAAGUAGCAAACAAAAUCCCGAUUUGUAUGAUCGAUGCCAAGGGUUGCAAUAUGGAAGCCGAAGAUUCGCCGGGUCGUCGUCCCGGCAUUGUUGAAAUUCGCCUUCGCGGUGGGCGAAAAUUUUCUUCUUCCUUCGUCAACUCUUUCAUGAAGUAUUUGCCAGAAUGGGUGGCUGGAUACCCU